AUGUCUUCCUCCAGCGAUCACACCUGGAAGGCCGCCAGUCCGCAAGCAGUAGAGCAAUGGUUGAAGACCUCCAAAGCGGUCGCAAUUCAUCUCCAACUCAUGUUCCAAAUGGAAUGGCCAGAGGAAUUCAGCCAGUUUGAACACAUGCACAAGGCUGCCCGCUGGAUACAUCGAGAGAUUGACCAGGGACUGUGGAUCGGUAAAGUAAUUGUGUAUAAACUUGGGAGUAGCGUUCACCUCGACGGUAACAAUGUCUGCCCCACUGCCACAUACUGUUUAGGCGCUUUCAACGGCAGACAUAUGGAGAUUCUGGACCUCGAGGCAUGUCUUCUCUACAAGCCAGGUGAUGUUAUAAUAGGCUGGAUGAACGUUCUCUUCCACCGCGUCUCCCCAUGGGACAUCUCAGAACCGUUCCCGGAUGAAGUAUCCAAGUUCCUGGAGGAAUAUAAAGUCACCUCAGGGCAUGUUUCCGUAGUUAGUUUUUUCCCUGAGUCUGCUUAUACUGCUUUGAAGGAUAAACCAGAGGGUUGGGCAAGGACCACAAGUUUUGGUCGUAGAAAGAUACACUGCUGA